AUGGGCACCGGUCGAGCAAGACGCGUGGGAACACCACCCAGACCCAUGCAUAAGGGGGCCCACGUGGGCCCCCACGUCCCCGGUCGUUCCCCGGUCGUUCGAAAUGCACAGAACACUAAAAUUUUUUUUCCUCCCUUCUGUCCGGGGUUCUUGUCCUGGUUGGGUCUGGCCCCAGCCCCACCCACAGCUUCUUUCCAGGGUCCUCUGCCCAUUCCGAACCGACCCGUCCCGUCCCAUCUCCAUAUGUCCGGAUCAGCGCAAGUUGUUCCGCCCUCCAACAGCGGCCCGCACCGCGGGCCGCUACUCGCAGAACGCGACUACAACCACGCUACAGACUCGCAGUACAAGUCGCUGCGGUCGCAGGCAGACGCCGCGUACGACGCGCAGAAAAAGCUCUCGGCGCAGUCCCAGCGCGCAUACAGGGCUGGCGACAAAGCGGAUGCUCACCGUCUGAGCGAACAGGCCAAGCAGCAACUCAGCCAUGCGCAGCAACUCAACCUCCAGGCCGCUGAGUACGUGUUCACGCAGAACAACGCAGACAGCGCCAGCAACCACCAAAUAGAUCUACACGGACUGUACGUGAAGGAAGCGCAGUGGAUCCUGCAGAAACGCAUCGCUGCUGCGGCAGCGGCUGGCGAGCCGUUCCUGCACGUGAUCGUCGGCAAGGGUCUGCAUUCCGCCAAUGGAGUUGCCAAGAUCAAGCCUGCCGCCGAGGAGACGUGCGCGCAGGCGCACAUCUCGUGCAGGGUCGACCCCAAGAACACGGGCGUGCUGCAGGUCGACCUGCGCGGUGCACGGGUGCCUGCUGCGUGGGCGUCUGCGACAACAUACCAGGCACCUCAGGCGCCGCAUUAUGCGCAACAGCAGGCAACUCCACAGGCACACGGACAGGCACACACUCAGGCACAGCAACACGCGGCGGCUGCUCCUGGCAACGGAGAAACGGGCGGCGGUCUGCUGGGCCUGGUGCUCCAGCUGGUGUGUAUGUGUGUCAAGAACUCUGGCAGGUAG